AUGGAGUUUAUGGAGAAAUCUGAGAAGCCAACGAUGUUUCCGACAAAGGAAGAGUUGGGAAGAGCCGGAAGAGUGGAUUUGGUGGAGGCUAUAAAGAAGAGAGGUGGGUGGUAUUCACUUGGUUGGGAGGAUGAGAAUGAGAAAAAUGCGGGGAAGAAUGUAAAAGAAGAUAUAGAUUUUGACAUUGGAGAGUUUCAUAAGAGAGUUGAGAGUUGUAAAGAGAUUGCUGCUGUGGGAGAAAAGGAUGUUAAUUCUUUUUCUGGGGAUUCUUUGGUUGAAAAUGAGGAGAGAUUAUCUUCUGGUAAUCCAAAUUCUUCGCAGCUGACUUCAUCGUCUGGUAGAUCACUAGAAAUAGGGGCAGAGGAAGAUACUGGAAUCAAGGGUAUAUUGAGUAGAUUGAAGCAGCAGAGGAAUACAGAUUUUGGAAUUAAUUUGGGCAAAUAUGGAUAUCAAACUCAUUCCUCAACUACAGAUGAAAGGAAUGGUUGGUAUUUCCGAAUACCUAUAGAUGAAGACAGCCCUGACGCUGGGAAAAGCACCAGAUUCACUUUAAGUAUUCCAACCGAAGGUGUAGCAAAUAAUUCAGGAGGCAAGAUUACCCCCGAUAUUCAGCCAGAAACAUGGAGAACUUGGAGCAUUCAGCGGGAAGGCUUCCAAGAUACAGAAUUUGAAGCCGCUGAGAUUUCAUACAGCAAAAAUCAAGUGGAACAAAAUAAAGAAGCUGCGAACACUCAAAUAACUGCAAGUACAGAGAAUAAUCCUGAAGCUCUGGGUAGACACGAGAUCAAUCACAAUCAGAUACGAACUCGUCUUCGGCACCUGGAAUGUGAGCUUAACACAGCUCUUCACUCCUUGAGGUCUAAAAGAGAGGAGUUCGUAUUAGACGAGGUUAGUGGGAGCUCCUCCAGUGAUUUGCAAACGAUUUCUGAUGCAUGGGAGUUCCAAGAGAAUGAGUACAUGAAUACCCAGCAGAGAUUGCGAUCGAUACGAGCUAAGCUUGCUGUAUUAGAGGGGAAAAUGGCAUUAGCAAUAAUUGAUGCACAUAAGAUAGUGGAAGAGAAGCAGGAGAGUAUUGAUGGUGUCCAUAAAGCAUUGCAACUUCUUCGUACUGCCUGCAUAGUUUGGCCUAAUUCAGCUUCAGAGGUUCUCUUAGCGGGUUCUUUUGAUGGUUGGACAUCUCAGAGAAAGAUGGAGAAAUCAAGGACAGGCAUCUUCUCCAUGUGCCUAAAGCUGUAUCCAGGUAGAUACGAGAUCAAGUUUAUUGUUGAUGGCAUAUGGAAAGUUGAUUAUCUACGCCCCAUCGUCCACAAUAAUGGCUAUGCAAAUAACCUUCUUAUUAUCACAUGA